AUGAAUAGGAGAACUUUUGGAGUAUUAUGUGAAUUGCUUCAUGUUGGUGGAAGGGUGAAAAGGUUACAAGAAAACUUAUUAGCUAAUCUAGAUCAUGUUCCUGCCAAUUGCACUGAUAGUCGAUGGAGGUGGUUUGAGAAUUGUCUAGAGGCAUUAGAUGGAACUUACAUUGAGGUACAAGUGCCUGAAGUUGACAAACCUAGGUAUCGAACAAGAAAAAGCAAUAUUGCAACAAAUGUAUUAAGAGUUUGUUCACAAGAUAUGAAGCUUCUAUUUGUUUUACUAGGUUGGGAAGGCUCAGCAUCAGAUUCUAGAGUACUUCGUGAUGACAUGAGUAGGCCAAAUGGCUUAAAGAUUCCUAAAGGAUAUUACUAUUUGGUGGAUGGUGGGUAUACUAAUGGUGAAGGAUUCUUAGCACCUUAUAGAGGAACUGUGUAUCAUUUAUCAGAGUGGGGAAGAAAUGUGCCUAGAAAUCAUGAGUACUUUAACAUGAAACAUGCGUCUGCAAGAAAUGUCAUCGAGAGAUCUUUUGGAUUGCUUAAGGAAGAUCAUGAGAUACUUGACACUGUAAAAGCCUCAGAUCAAUGGACUGAAUGGAAAAAUAAUUUAGCUAUGCAAAUGUAUAAUGAAUGGAGACAACAUACAGGUUUCUAG